AUGGCCACCGGAGGAUCUUCAUCGGUGGCCCCCCCCUUGGGGACUUCGGGGGGUCCUGCUGCGGGUAACAUUGGGCUAAGGUCUUGGUCUAGCCUUCUUCAAGGAGGCCUUACACGCGAUGGUUUGGAUGGGCUCCCUUUCAUUGAACCCACGGUUGUGAAUGACAAGAAAGUGGCGCGGUGCUGUGCGAAAGACUUGUCUGCGGAGAGAGAUCGAUGGGAAUCAACCCUUGUUGGCUAUGUUUUUGGGCCUCGUCCUUCUUUCACUGCCAUGAAGCGAUUUACAGCGGAGAAAUGGGGUCAUGUUGGUGCAGUGGAGGUUUUCGGACUUGAGAGCGGCAUUUUCAUCUUUGAUUUCCAGAGAAUAGAGCUCAGUAAUCAAAUUCUAGACGAAGGUCCAUGGACUUUUGGGAACCGUCCACUGAUUAUCCGGCAUUGGACACUGGACAUUUUGCUUACGCGGAAGGAAGAACAUCAGCUCCCUCUCUGGGUCAGACUGUAUGGUCUCAACCUACAUUUCUGGGGAACCCAGGCCUUAGGGAAGAUUGCAAGCGUGCUUGGCAAGCCUAUCUGUGUUGAUCGUAGGACGUCACAACGGGAGCGGCUAUCGUUUGCAUGCUUCUGGGUUCUUGUUAAGGCUACGGAUGGCCUCCCCUCAUCGAUCCCCAUUGCCCUCGAUGAUGGAACGAUUGUUGAGCAGCAUGUGAUGUACGACUGGGCUCCCCCCCUUUGCAAUGCUUGCAAGGUUUUUGGCCAUACGGACAGCACCUGCCCCAAGCUGAGCAGCUCUAACGCUUUGCCUGCGGAUCAGGCUGGAAUGGCUAGACCCGUGGAACCCCAUUGGCAAGCACCAACUCGCCGUCGGCCGAGAGAGAAGAGGCCUCUCCUUGCAGAUUCUGUUACGGCAAAUCCCCCAUCGCCGGCGACAGGUCCUUCCGACAAGUCUGGUUCUCCUCAUGGGAAACCAGUUACGCGAAGUGGGGGUGAUCGUGGAGGCAGCUAG